AAAAUGAUAGGAUGAGUGAUAUUCAAAUAGCCUAAGGUGUAUUAUGUAUUUACAGUUAUGGUGCUGCAACUUGAUGUUGUUGAUCUAGCAAGACAAAGCUUCAGAACUGAUGAGGAUCUUCAGUCUCCACAACAAAUCUGAAUGCUGGAUUAUCAAUAUCAAGAACUGCAAUAAUUAACAAAGGUCCAGCGACAAUCACAAAUACAUUUUAGACUUGUAAGUAUCAAAGGACAAAUACUGUGGCAGAUGUAAAACUACAUGACAGGCAAUGGCAAAUAAAGCAAUGGAAGAAACUGUUUCAGCAUCAACUGUGGUACACAAAUUUUGUCACAAAUGCAAAUGUUUAACACCGAUUCAAAUGUCAAACUAUCAUGGAAGCUUUCUGUUUGAUGAUGAUCAAUUUGAAUGUAAAAUCUGUAGUUUUCAACUUCCUACUGAAAAAAAAACUUUUACAUGUAAGGUUUGUGAAGAAGCUUUUCCUAAUAAAGCAAGAUUGGAUUUUCAUGAAAAAACUCAUGUACGUGCGGUAAAUUUGAAAUGUUCAAUUUGUGGCAAACGUUGUAUUAGUACUGGUGGAUUGAAAAGGCAUGAGCAAAUUCACAGAAAAAAACAAAUUCCAAAGAGUUUCACAUGUGAGUUUUGUGAUAAAAGUUUUAAGAGUGAUUCAGCGUUAAUAAUUCAUGAAAAAACUCAUGUACGUGCGGAAGAUUUGAAAUGUUCAAUUUGUGGCAAACGUUGUAUUAGUACUGGUGGAUUGAAAAUGCAUGAGAAAAUUCACAGAAAAAAACAAAUUCCAAAGAGUUUCACAUGUGAGUUUUGUGGAAAAGUUUGCACUUCAGUUAUUGCAUUGCAAUAUCAUUUAAAAAGUCAUAGAGAAUCAUUAAUAACUAAAUGUAAAUUCUGUGAUAAAUGUUUCACUAGUGAUUCAGCGUUAAUUAUUCAUGAAAAAACUCAUACUGGUGAAAGGCCUUCCAUAUGCAAGUUCUGUUUCAAAGCUUUCAGUAAUACUUCCACGUUGCUAGAGCAUGAGACAAGUCAUACUGCAAUAUUGAAAUGCUUUCAUUGUAAUAUUUCCUUUGACAGUCUUGAGCUUUUUAUGAAACAUAAUACUUCAAAAGUACAUGCAACAUUAAAUCUAAGUGAUUUGACAACCAUCAAGCCAAAAGCAAAGAUAAAGAGAAUUACCAACCAAGAUCAAGCUAAUGACAAAUGUUUAAUGCAAAAGUUUGAAGGAAACAUAAAUCAAAACAGAGAUGAAAUUCAAGAACACACUAGUGUCGAAUAUAAUAAUGAUGUUGUGAAACAAGAAGAAUCUAUUGUUAAGAUGGAGCAAACAUAUGAAGUUGAACAUGUGGAAUGUGAUAGAAAUGAAGAGCUUGUCGAUAGUGGUCAUAUUAAAACAAAUAAACAAGAAGAAUCUGGUGUGAAGAUGGAGCAAACAUAUGCCACUGAAGUUGAACAUGUGGAAUGUGAUAAAAAUGAAGAGCUUGUCAAUAAUGGGCAUAUUAAAACAAGUGAACAAUCUAUUGAUAGGCAAGUUAAGAGCAAUGAGAGUGAACAAUACACUGAGGGUAUCAAAGUUGAGAAUGACAAUUUUAUCAAUUCCUAUUCACAGCAAGAAAAUAGUAGGAGUGAACAAAUGGUUGUUGUCAAACAAGAAAAUUUGGACAAUCAUAGCUUGAAUAUUGAUAUCAAAACUGAACUAGAUGAUCCUGAUUAUUUUUAAAUGUUGAUGUGAAAUAGCAAAUGAAAGUGAAUUGCUAAGUCAAUUACAAUGUUUAUAUAAAUUGAUUUUAUGUGCAAGAAACCUAUGACCUGUUGUAAUUUGGGAAGCUUUGGAAAAUGUCAGUGAAUGAAGCUUCAAAAUACAAGAGUUUAAUACAUUGAAAAGGACUAUAGGUGAUACAGAAUAGUAUUCAGGAGAGUGUUUUUUGAUAGAAACAGUACGAAUUUUGUGUCUACAUGGUGUUCCAGUGUUUUAGUAUGCUAGUGUUUUGUUAACUCUGCACCAAAUGUAUUCAAAUUCUCACAAAAUGUACAAUGAUGUAUUGAUACUACUCUUAUGUUUCAAAACAAUUAUAAAAUGCAGGCAGAGUUAUGGUAACUAUUGUAACAAGACAUCACAAUACGCAAGGCAACUUUUCCAAAAAACGUGAUCACAUUUUUUCUUUUUAUAUUUUUUGUUGCUUUUUUAAACAUACAAAUGUAGGGAUAUCAAAUUAAGUACGAAACACGUGUCAUUCUAGCAAGUCAUUGCAUUUCAACUCGCACAUUUUAGUUGUUCAAAAUACUAGAAGUCUCAUAACUUUCUGCACAGAAUAAUGUAAUGCCAGUGUCACCAUAGUAACUGUAACACUACCUAAGUUUCAUAACUUCUUAGAAACUGAACCGUUUUAAAAUUACAUUAUGUAAAAUUUUGGGGCAAAUUGAACAAAAUGCCAGUCCUGUUACUUUUGGAACACUUUGUACAUAUACAAUUAAAACACAUAUUUUGUUUAAAUUUAAAACUGAUUUUGUACUGCCUCUGUAAAUAUUUGCAAUAAAAAAAUACUUAAAAAUGAGAUUUUGUGUGUUUAAAGUUCCAAAUGCAUAUGUUGGGGUAUAUUUUGGGCUCCAUUAUACAUUUAACUAGACAACAGCAACGCCAACGCGUAGCAAAUCCCAUCAAACAGCCAUGGCUGGCAUAUUUACAAAGUAUUAUUAUUAUUUAUUUAUUUAAGUGCCACGCACCUUAAUCGGCACCCAGCCUUAUCAGGCUUAUGAGGCACUAUACAAAUACAUAUACAUGUAAUUACAGUGUGCUUAUUAAUUUAUACAAUUUUUUUGUCGUUUUUCCUGACAUUAUAAAUUUUGCUGUAAGUUUUACACAAUUUUUAUUUGAAAGAAGAUGUUUCAGUAAAUCUUGAUUAUCAUGAACCAUAGGAUUAUAGUUUUCCUUAAAUCUUUGUAACAAGAGCAUUCUAGAACAAAAUGUUUCUCAGUUUCUAUAUGUCCAGAUUUACAUGCCUCACAGAGCCUUUGUUCAACAGCAAGGCCUUUAU